AUGGAUCACUACUUGGACGAUAAUGACAGUGAUGAUAUGCAAGCAGGGGUACCAUCUGUUGUUGACACAUUCAAAUAUAAGAGAUCUAAAAUUUGGGACAUUUAUAAGCCUGUCACCGUAAAUGGCCUGACUAAUACGGCGGAAUGCCACUACUGCGGUGCUCGCUAUAGUUGUAAAGAUGGUGGUGGUGGUCAAUUGUGGCGGCACUACAGAAAAUGUCGAGCCAAGGACGGUCUGGGUCCGAGCCAGGAGCAACAGGAUGCGGCGGGCCUUCAACAUGCAUCACCCACUAAUUUGGAUAGGAUAAUACAUUUUAAGGACGCUCGCGCACUAGAUUCUGAAAGUGGGCCAUUUAAUGUCAUAUGGGAAGCUAUAAGAGAUUGGAAUCUUGAUCGGAAGCUUUUUAGCCUGACAUGUGUCAGUGAAAUCAGAAACGAUGAGCGUACAUCUAACCUGAAGGACUUUCUCAUCCAAAGGAAAUGCUUUCCUAUUGGUGGUGAGCUAUGCAAUACUGCUUGUCUGGAUGAUAAGCCAAGUGUCGACACAUCAAUUUGUGAAACUCGUGAUGUUCAAGUGGGUGGAUUUUACCGUGACUCGUUGGAAGAUCCAGACAAGCAUCUUAAUGUGCAGAGCCAGAUAUCGACAGAGCUUAACAAGUACCUUGAUGAUGACCUUGUUCCGAGGAACGAUGAUUUCAAUAUUAUGAACUGGUGGAUGAGUAAUUCUGCAAAAUAUCCAACUCUCUCUGUCAUGGCACGUGACAUCUUGGCAAUGCCUGGUUCUGCUGUUCAUUGUGAGGCAGCAUUAAGCAGCGUGGGGCCAGGAAUUAGUAAGCAAUGGAGCAAAUUGAAUAUCAAAACAAUUGAGGCUCUCGUAUGCAUCCGAGAUUGGAUUAAGUAG